AAGAAGUAUCAGCACUGACUCACAUCAAUCAAAAGGCAGCUCCAUUGUCAUGACUCCCGAGAAGGAUUCAAAAACUUUCGGCAUUCCCCGUGUUACGGCAUUGAUUGCAUCGCCAUCCAGCGAUGUACAAUGAUCAUGUCCAUCCCCACCUCCCGCGUGUCGGCAUCUUGGAGAAAGUUGCGGCCCCUCACAGUCAAACGGUCAAACCAGCGUCAUCCAAUCAUAGCGAGCCGGUGUAGCCAUGUCACUUAGCGUCCACGGUCAACCUUUUGACCGUGAGGAGUCCUCCGUUAUACAACAGCAAUAUCCACAUGAGCUCUUCACCGAGACAUCACAUUUCCCUCUGUACUUUUCCUCCAUGUCAAGCUACCCGUCUCUGACAUAUUAAUUAGACGCGAGCAGACUCAAAAAGAUAACCACCACCUUCUCUCCGCCUCCGUCGCCUUCUUCUUCCUCUUCCUUCUCCGCUAUCUCUGACAUCCAUGGCUACGAGCUCCUCAAAGCAAGGCGCAAUGGAGAUCGACGCCACCGGAUCACUUGCCAUCACCGUCGAGAGGAACCCUCCCGAGGCGCGACUAUUAGAGCUUGGCAUCAAGUCAUGGCCCAAGUGGGGUUGUCCGCCGGGAAAGUUCCCUCUCAAAUUUGAUGCACAGGAGACAUGCUAUCUGCUCAAGGGCAGGGUAAAGGCCUCCGUGAAGGGUUCUUCCGAGUGCGUGGAGUUCGGCGCCAGAGACCUCGUCAUCUUCCCCAAGGGACUCAGUUGCACCUGGGACGUCUCCGUUGCCGUCGAUAAGCACUACAAAUUCGAUUCAUCUUCUUCGUAACGCUCUCCCAGUCUGUUCAUCUUCUUCUUGUUCUUCUGUAUCACCAGUUGGGAGGAGUUUAGGGUUGUUAAGCUUUUCCAGUCAAAACAUGUUAUCAGUCAAUGCAGGGCCCAUUCAAAGUGAUCCUAUUUGUACUUUUGAAUGAGCUUUAAAUGCUUCUUUGACUACCACCACCUUCCCCUCCGUGUCCGAAGGGAUAACUUGUGUCUUUAAUCCUUUCGACUUUAGUGACAUCUAAGCAUAUAACUGGAUGAUGA